AUGGAGCGGGAGGUGCCUCCCGACCUCGAAGGCGACAUGCUGGCCCGUCGCCGCUACAUGCAGCGGCACUGCGACCACCUUCGCACCGCCCUCAUGUGGGAGCCCCGCGGCCACCGGGAUAUGUACGGGUGCUUGCUCUUCGCGCCGCACUCGCCCACCGCUCACGUGGGCGUUCUGUUCCUCCACAACGAGGGCUACAGUUCGAUGUGUGGGCACGGCAUCAUUGCCAUGACCAAGCUGCUGGUGGAGUCUGGCUUCCCCGCUGACAGCGAUGCGGCCAACAACCGCGCCGAGCUCAGGAUCGACACUCCCGCGGGCCUCGUGACCGCGCAAGCGCACUUUGCCCAGGACGGUCGCACGGUGGAGCGCGUAAGCUUCGCCAACGUGCCCUCGUUCGCCUAUAAGCUGGACGUCCCGCUCAAGUCCUCGUCCUUCGUACCACUGCUAGGCAAGGACACGGUGAAGGUGGACAUCGGCUUUGGUGGUGCCUUCUACGCGUACGUCGGCACAGACGAGCUGGGCCUGCCUCCAACCUCUAUCGUACCUCAGGAGUGCGACAAAUUGAAGCAAAUUGGGGUGGUCAUCAAGCACGCGGCCAUCAAGCAGGUUGAGCUCGUCCACCCUUUCGAAGCGGAUCUGGGCUUUCUUUAUGGGACGAUCAUCACGAGCCCGCCCCACACCGCGCAACACCACAGCCGCAACGUGUGUGUCUUCGCGGACGGCGAGAUCGACCGAUCCCCCACCGGGACUGGCGUGAGCGGCCGGCUGGCACUGCUUCAUGCUAGGAAUCAGAUUCAGCCUGGGGCACCGGCGGUGAUCGAAAGCAUCAUCGGCACCAGCUUCACCGGAAUCGUGGCGAGCACCACCCGCUUCGGCCCGCAUGAAGCCAUCAUACCCAUCGUCUCCGGCACCGCGUUCGUCACCGGCCGCAGCGAAUUCCUACUCGACCCGGCCGACCCCCUGCGCCACGGCUUCAUACUGUGA